AUGCCUUUAAACAUUCCCUUCCUUCGGGAGAAGGCCUCUCCCACAGAAAAUACUGUUGGGGAGCCCAUUGAUCAUACUAUAACUACGUCCUCUUCGGAAAAAGAAAAUGCAAAGUCCACAGGGAUAGAGAUUUCCGAUGUUGAAGCAAACAGGAGGUUAGACCUAUACCAUCGCACCCAUAAAUGGGACCCUAACCUCGGAGAUGAUACUCUUGAUGAGAUUGCAACUGCCACCGCAUUAAACGACUCCAAUGCGCAAAGUAAAGUCAUUGAUAGAGUUAUCGAUAACUCGCCCUACCCAGAGGUUAGGGCUGCUGUGCGAAACUACGAUGAAGACCUUCCUGCAAGUACAUUUCGCGCGUGGGCUAUCGGAAUGUUUUUGACGACUAUUGGCUCUGGGCUCAACAGCUUGUUUUCCCUUUGGGCUCCGGCCAUUAUCAUCACUUCGGUUGUCGCCCUACUUGUUUCAUACCCCAUUGGUGUAGCUUGGGCCAAAAUAAUACCGGCAAGGACUUUCAAUAUUUUUGGGUUGAAAUGGAGCACCAACCCCGGUCCGUUCAAUGUCAAGGAGCAUGUAUUGAUUGUUGUCAUGGCCAAUGCGUCAUUCGGUAACGGUGUUGCAUACUUCACCGAUACUAUUCAGGCACUAAAAGCUUUCUAUCACACUGACUACGGCUGGGGGUUUUACGUAUGUCUUGCUCUUAGCACCCAAAUCGUUGGUUUCGGAAUAGCUGGUAUUGUUCGCAAGGUCCUAGUUGAGCCAGGUAUGUGA